AUGGUGGACGUGAAGUGUCUGAGUGACGAUGAAUUACAGCAUGAACUUGAUAAGCUUGGAUUUUCACCUGGUCCGGUACUAUCCUCCACCAGAAAGCUGUAUGAAAACAAGCUAAUACAGUUGUUGGUCUCACCUCCCUGUGCAUCAUCACCUGUGAAGAAUGAACCUGGAGAGCAGGACGGGGCUCAGGGCUGUGAUGACAAUAAAGAGCUUAAUGCCAUUGUCAUUGUGAAAGGAAAUAUCACACUCGCAUCAGAAAAAAACAAGGGACCCAAAAAAACGCUGAGAUCUGGCCUCUGCCCCACCACCAUCGUGGAGCCCUUGGCCAAGUGUGUGAGACUAGCAGGUGUGGGGGGGGCCUCCAGAGCCCCAUACUCCAGACUCAAAGGACGGAGUGACGCUGAAGAGAAAGACUGCCGCGCAAUAAACUGUAGUGUUGACGGCAGGGACGUAGAAAGGUUUCCAGUGGGCGUGAAGCUGGCCGCGUUUGUCAUCUUCGUCAUUGUGGUAUUUGUCUACAUAACUGUGGAAAAGAAGCCCCUCUUGGGUUAA